CUGGUAGAGACAGAUAGUAAUCAAGCUGGAGGGAAUGCUGGGUGAUGGUAGAUGCCGUGGAGAAGAAUAAAGCAGAGAAGGGGGAACACUUCUGGAAGGCGGUUGCCAUUUUAAAUAGUAUAGCCCUCCCUGAGGAGGUGACAGAGACCAGAGAGAGCGAGGGGCUGUGCACUUGGGUGGGAGGAGGCAGGAGCCUGCCACCUGUCAGGGCAGAGCUGGGAAGGAUGAGGGCAGAGGGGAGCAGAGGGCCAGCUCCUUACAGCUCUGUUGAAACCUUGGCUCUCGCUCUGAGAAGGGACGUGCUAAUUCAUUGAAGUUUGGCACCAAAGCUCCUUUGAAAAUAGAAGCCUAAUUAUAAUGAUAGCUGCCAUUUAUUGAGCAUUUACUGUGUGCCAAGCCCCGUUCUAAGGCGCUUUACGUGUGUUAACUCAUAGAAGCUUGGCAACUAAGAACCUUCAAGAAUAGAACCUGAAUGACCAUAAUGGCCAUCAUUAAAUCAGCACUCACGGUGGACCAGGCCCUGUAAGCGCUUUGUAUGGACAGUCGCAUCGGAUCCUUAUGAGUUAUGCCACCGCCGCGGGGCGACGUGACCGCCUUGUUCCUGGGGCCUCCGGGCUCUGGAAAGUCCGCUCUGAUUGCAGCGCUGUGCAACAGAAAUGUGGAGACGAUAGAGAUCCCCGAGGGACGGCCGUACUCAGGGAUCCCCAGCCUGCGAGCGGCGGGCCCCGGCCUCUUCCUGGGCGAGCUGAGUUGCCCACCCGCAGCGCCGGGGCCCUGGGCGGCGGAGGCCAAUGUGCUGGUACUGGUCCUGCCCGACCCCGAGGGGAAUGGGGAGCCCUUGGCCCCAGCGCUGGGAGAGGCGGCGCGGGCCGCCCUGGCCCGUGGGACCCCGCUGUUGGCUGUGCGGAACCUCCGUCCUGGGGAUUCACAAAAUGAAGACCAGGCCCGGGAUCAGACAGCGGCCCUGCUGAACAGCGCGGGGCUGGGGACCGCGGCUCUCUUCGUGCUGCCGGCGGACUGCGGCAGCCGAGAUGACUGUAAGGAAUUGGAGCGCCUGCGGGUGGCGCUGCAGAGCCAGGCGGAGGUGUUGCAGAGGCUCCUGCCACCGGCUCAGGAUGGCUUCGAGGUCCUGGGUGCAGCAGAGCUGGAGGCUGUGCGGGAGGCCUUUGAGACCGGUGGCCUGGAGGCGGCACUGUCGUGGGUUCGCGCUGGCCUGGAGCGGCUGGGCAGCGCGCGGCUGGACCUGGCCGUGGCCGGCACGGCUACUGUGAGCCUUGUGCUGAACACGCUCCUCGGGUUGGAUCCCGGCGAUCCAGACGCGGAGCCUGUUUUCAUGCCCGCGGGGCCCACACCCUACCCGGCCCCGGAGCGUCCCAAUGUGGUGCUCUGGAAUGUGCCUCUGGGCUCCGCGGGCAUUGCUGCCGCCCCCCAUCCCACCCACUACGACGCCCUCAUCCUCGUCACCCCGGGAGCGCCCACUGAGAAGGACUGGGCUCAGGUUCGGCCCUUGGUGCUGCCAGAUGCACCGCUGGUCUGCGUGCGAACAGACGGCGAGGGCGAGGAUCCAGAGUAUCCCGAGGAAGAGGGAAAGGCAGAGAAGCCCAGCAGCGAGAGCUUAGAGAACGCUGGCGGAGGGGAGUUGAAGAAUGCACGCGGUGAGGGAAGGGAGAAACGUGGCGCUGGAUUGCAGAAAGGUAGCGGGGAAGGUUCAGAGAAAGCAGGCAGCGGGGAAGGUUCAGAGAAAGCAGGCAGCGAGAGUUUGCCACGUGUUGGCGGCGGCGCGAAGAAAUCGGGCAGUGGGGACUCAGAGCGUGCGGCCGCACUGAGCCCCGAGGAUGAGACGUGGGAGGUGCUGGAGGAGGCACCGCCACCUGUGUUCCCCCUGCGGCCCGGCGGACUCCCCGGGCUCUGCGAGUGGCUGCGGCGCGCGCUGCCGCCCGCCCAGGCGGGGGCGCUGCUGCUGGCGCUGCCGCCCGCGUCUCCCCACGGGGCCCGGAUGAAGGCCGCGGCGCUGCGGGCCGGGGCGUGGCGUCCGGCCCUGCUGGCUAGCCUGGCGGCGGCGGCGGCACCCAUACCGGGGCUAGGCUGGGCGUGCGACGUGGCGCUUCUGCGGGGUCAGCUGGCGGAGUGGCGGCGGGCGCUGGGGCUCGAACCCGCGGCGCUGGCUCGACGCGAGCGCGCGCUAGGCCUGGCCCCUGGGGAGCUGGCGGAGCGGACGCGCUUCCCGGGCCCGGUGACGCGCGCCGAAGUGGAGGCGAGGCUGGGCGCGUGGGCCGGCGAGGGCACCGCCGGGGGCGCGGCGCUGGGCGCGCUCUCCUUCCUGUGGCCCGCGGGCGGGGCAGCGGCCACCGGCGGCCUGGGUUACCGCGCGGCGCACGGCGUCCUGCUGCAGGCCCUCAACGAGAUGCAGGCCGAUGCCGAGGCGGUGCUGGCACCCCAUGUGCCCGCGCAGUGAGGGGUGGGAUGAGGGCCGGGGCUUCCGGGCUCCCAGCGUCCCAGCUGCUUGGCCCCGCCAGGAGCUGAGGACUCCCAAGUCCCGGUUAGAGGGAGGGGGGUUAGGGGUACAGGCUCUGGCCUGAGAUGUCUCGGCCACUGGGGUAAGGGAGCUGGGGGGCCACCGCUCAGAGUCCCGGAUGCUUGAAGGGGAUGGGGGCUCUGACUACUGAUUGGGAUGUGUGGCUUGUAGUCACCCGAAUUCCUGGGUCCUGAAGAGGAAUAGAGUCUGGGGGACAGAGCCCUUGGUUUCCCUGGAGACCACAGGGCAUGACACCAGACUGUGGCCUGAAGGAAACUGAGGGGUCGGCCUCCUAGAAGGGGUUAUAUCGUGGUCUUCAAGGGAAAGGAAACCGGGUCUGUUGGUCAUCUAGCUCCCUGGGGAGAGAAGAGGUGAAAGCCUGGUCUCUACCCCAAUAGAGAUUCCAGUAUGGAGGAUGGGGUCCGGGUACCCCCGGGAGCUGGAAUCUUUGGAUCCUCUAGGCUUCCUGGAGGAAAUGGGUCUGCAUCCAGCCUCCCAGCUCCUCAAGAGGCAGUGGCGUGGAAUCUUCAUUGGGGGUCUCACACUUCUGGCUCCCAAGAGGGCGGUAGACCUUGGUUUCUAAUUCCUUGGUGGUGGGAGGUCUCCAUCUACAGAGGGGAACAGGGCCGGGGCGGGGGAGGGGGGGGUUGUGAGAAAGAGCUGGAGAACAGCUCUUGGGGAAUAGAUAUCUAAUAUUUGUUGUUCUAGGGGCCUGGCGACCCAGAUUCCUUUCCCAGCUGUUGUGGGGAGGAUGGUCCCACAAAAAUGAAGAGGGGGAGGCAGGAGGUCUGGGCAUGGUGGGGCCUGCGGGUAGCCAGAGACCGGGAAUGAGGCCUUCUGGGUGUGGAAGGGCAGAGACCUCAGAGGUCUCUCCCACAAAUCCCUUAGGGAUUUGGAUCCCAGCAAUUGCCUUUCUCUGUGUGAGUUUGACUGGGAAAGGGAUAUGACUGCCCCCAUUUUAUAGGUGUGGAGUGAUUCAGGGGGUCUUUGGGGAGUCUCUAACUUUGUCCCUCCCUCCUCUAGCGGUUUCUAUCUCUUUUUGGUCUUGAUUUCUUCUGUCACUAAACCUCUUUCUGGCCUUGGUAUUUUGUACUCCUGCCUUUUUGGGCUAAAGCAGCCAUAGUGCUGCACUAACCCAGACACUUCUGUGUUGGCUACCUCAGGUGUCCCCAAGAGGUUCUGCCUUCUGGAGUACACAGAGUGCCGCAGAGAGCAAGAGGCCCACAGAACAGCUAGGUCGUGUUCCAGACCGCGGGAGUGCGCCGUGAGUGAAGCAAAGGCAGAAACCACAGUGCCUGGCUAUGUUCUAGACUGCCAACCAUGGGUAGAAAAGAUGCCACAGGUCACAAUUCUUCAGUGUCAAAAAACAGAAGGGGGGGACCUGAGAGUCCAUUCAAUAGAAUCUCUUUUAUGAGAAUGGGGGAGAACAGAGCCCAGGGAGAGCAGACUCUAGGCCCAACAGCACACAGGAAGGUCCUAUGUGGUCUGGCCCCUGCCUAUUCGAACUCCCUGCCCCUCCCCCACCUCCCAACCAGCGUGAUCUUCCUUGCAGUGCCUGGGUGGGCCACAUUGGGUCCUACCCCAGGACCUUUGCAUUUGCUGUUCUUCCUGCCUAGAAUGCUCCGCCCCCAGAUCUUCCCAUGACUGGUUCCUUUUUGUCUAGCGAGUCUCAGCUCAGAUGUCCCCUCAGAGAGGCCUUCCCUGACCACUGUAACUGAAGUAGCCCACACUCCCCCAUUACUCAUCUCGGCCAGUUGAUAUUUCCCUUGUAGCAAUUAUCACUGUAACAAAAUUACCUUACUUGUUUAUUUAUUUAUUUAUUUAUUUACCUAUUUAAUGGCUAUUAUCCUCUUGUCUGUCCUGUUCUCUUCUGUAACCCCAGCACCUAGAAGAGUGCUUGACACACAGCAGGUGCUUGUAAAUAUUUAAUUCAUUAAUCCAUGGCAGACCUGGCCACAGGUCUAGAUUGUCAGCCUCUUGCCACAGGACAGGGACAAGGCACCGGGUGGGGAGAAAGACAAAGAAGCAUCUGAUGGGAGAGAAAGCUCCUGUCUGAGAUCAGGGGACCUGGGAUGCAGGCCCGGCUUUGCCACUGUCGCUCUGGGUGACUUGGACCGGGGCUUUAUUUUCCCGUCUGUGAAAUGGAAGGGCCUGACGAGAACCAUAAAUACUUCCAAGAUCUCAUCUCCUUUGACGGCUGGAGACAAGGGUGACCACUCCGAGGGGUAGACACUUGGGAGAUGGUAUCCCCGUGUCCAGCUUGAACCCCUCCCAGUGACACAGUUUAUCCCAUCAACGUUGAGAUGGCCGUGGGGCGCCCGGCUGGCUCAGUCAGUUGAGCGUCCGACUCUUGAUUUCGGCUCAGGUCAUGAUCUCAUGGCUCGUGAGUUCAGCCCCCGCAUCAGGCUCUGCGCUGAUAGCGGGAGACCGUGUGGGCUUCUCUCUCUCUGCCCCUCUCCUGCUCACGCUGUCUGUCUCAAAAAGAAACAUUAAAAAAAAAAAAAAAAAGUUGAGAUGGCCUGGCCGAGAUGAGAUACUGAAUGGCUUCCGGUCUGUAAUCUCCAAUACCACACUGUCUCUAGGUCUCACGGGCCAGCCGUGGGAACGCAGGAGAGGAAAGCAGUGCUGCCCAAUAGAAACAGUGUGAGCCACAUCGAUCAUUUGAAAUUGUCUGGCAGCCACAUUAGAAAGGUAAAAGGAGGGAUGCCUGAGUGGCUCAGUCGGUUAAGUAUCUGACUUCAGCUCAGGUCAUGAUCUCACAGUUUGUGAGUUCAAGCCCCCCGUGGGGCUCUGUGCUGACAGCUCAGAGCCUGGAGCCUGCUUCGGAUUCUGGGUCUCUCUCUCUCUCUCUCUCUCUCUCUCUCUCUUUCUCUCUUUCUCUCUCUCUCAAAAAUAAAUGUUAAAAUUAAAAAAAAAAAAAAAAGGUAAAAGGAGACAGGGUCAGACUACUGAGAAUACGUUUUGCUUAACCCAGUAUAUCCAAAAUACGAUUUCAACAUGUAGUCCAUAUAGAAAAGAAAGCCACAUUUUACAUCCUUUUAUGCUGCCUUUGAAAUCUGGUAUUUUACACUUCCAGCACCAUCUCGUUCAGAAAUUUUCAUCAGAAAUAGUUCUGUUUAGCUUUCCUAAAAUGUGUUGUUGGAGAAAUGGAUCCACGUCCCCAAGUUGUCCCACUGAUAUUGAACGGUCUUCCAGCAACGGAGACGUGUAUCGAUUUUUAAUGAAAAGUAAAUGAAAUCUAAAACUCCCUUUCUCAGUGCCACGAACCCCGUUUCCAGUGUUCAGUAGCCACAUGACCUGGAACACUUGCAUUAUCCCGGGAAAUCCCAUUAGCAUAGCUCCAGGGUCAGACAGCCCUGCUGACAUUGGGGUGACCUUGGGCAAGUCCCUGAGCAAGUGGCAUCUACCUCACGGGGUAACUAAGAAUAGUGUGUGUACAGAUGUGCACACACAUACGUCAGCACACUGCAGCCCUCUGGAGCAGCCUGGCCCACUGGGAGCUCAAAUGUGAGUCUGGUCCAUGCCUCCAGCCCCAGGCUGAGCCGACUCUAGUCUAGGCAUCUGUCUCACACCCAGAAUGCCUUUGCUCACAGAGUGCCCUCUUUCUGCCACUCUCACCUGUCUGACACCUCUGCCCUGUGCCUCGCUACUCCAAACUCCCUCUGCCCCUGUGCCAAUGGGGAUCGUGCCAGAGAUCCUAUCUGAGGAAGCAAGACCCAAUUCCGUUUGCCUGUGUCUCUGUUGGGGAGUGCCGAUUGUGUCUGUAUCAUCGUGUAUCGCCACGGGUUGGGCGUCGUGACUAAUCUGGAGGGUGGUUGUCUUUUAAAUUAUGACUUUGGGUGGGAGGCGUAAGGUGGCCAGUGAGGCAUGUGUCCCGGGUAGCAUCCAAGCAGAAAAGACUAAGACUCCCUUGAGAACCGAUUGCUGGCUCCCCGUGGGGCGUGUCUACAUCCUACUUCUGGCUGGAAGACCCUCGAAGGCAAGAAUUCAAGGAAAUGUAUGCUGAGUCUUGGCGUUGCCAUUGCCAGAAGCAGAAUAGGCACAAAACAAAAAACUUGAAGAGACCAUCUCAUCACCUUAGCUGAGUUUCAGAUAUUUCUGGGUUAUGAUGAAGACACUUGUAUCCAUUGGGGUGGGGAACCAUGGAGGGCUAAUCAAGGGUGUGGUUAGCCUGUGGUGCUUUCUUGCAGGAGUGAAUAAAGACGAGUAGAAAUCCCA